CAGAGCUGGCCGAGAAAGGCUGUGCCCGCGCGUCGGUCAACAGAAAACACGUUUCAACUAAAACUAUACUACAAAUUAAGUUUUGUUACCGCUUCAUAAUAAGUUAUAAUCGAUAUAUUAUUACCCUGUUUCAUUUUUACCGUGCCCGGAUUGCAGUGCAGUGUUUGUGUUGUGUUAGUAUAGUGGUAUAAAAACACAGAAUUGAUUAUGGUGAACGUGUGGUGCUAAGGAUUCUGGAGGUGUGUGUGACAAUGUGCGUGCGGUGAGGAACAAUCCCGCGCCAUGUUGCGCGCAAUCCUCUGCCUGCUCGUCGCUGCGGCGGCGGCCGUACACGUCCGCGAGUUCGCCGUCAAAGAGAACGCACGCGCCGGCACCCUCGUCGGCAACCUCGGCGAUGAAUUGCCAGACGCCGCACCCCCGUACACUAUAGUACCAGUACCAGGCAGCGCUGUCAACGAUGACCUCAAGAUAGACCCUCACACCGGAGAAAUAAGAACUAGGGUACCGUUAGAUAGAGAAAAUAGAGACCAUUACGCUCUAGUAGCGAUACCCGCGAGUGGCGACAACGUCCGUGUUGUAGUACGUGUAUCAGACGAAAAUGAUAACUCUCCUAUAUUCCCCGCCCCGGUCAUGAACGUAGAAUUCUCAGAAAAUACUCCUAGAGACGUUAAAAGAAAGCUGAAUCCAGCCAAAGACCAGGAUUUAGGAGUAUUCAAUACGCAGAGGUAUAACAUCGUUUCGGGAAAUACAGAUAACGCUUUCAGGCUGUCUUCUCAUAGAGAACGCGAUGGCGUGCUUUAUCUUGAUUUACAAAUUAAUGGUUUCCUUGACAGAGAAACCACUGACCACUAUGAAUUGGUCAUAGAAGCGUUAGAUGGGGGUACGCCGCCUUUGAGAGGGACGAUGACUGUAAAUAUUACUAUUUUAGAUGUUAAUGAUAACCCACCGGUGUUUGCUGAAAGUGUGUACUCGGCUAUGAUACCCGAAAACGCGACGGUAGGUACUGCUGUACUGAAAGUUUUUGCAAUAGAUUCGGAUGCGGGAGAGAACGGCUUAAUAGAGUACUCAAUAAAUAGGCGGCAAAGCGAUAAGGAGAAUAUGUUUAAAAUAGAUCCCGAGACGGGUGAGAUAACUGUAAAUAAGGCUUUAGAUUUUGAGACCAAAGAGUUGCAUGAGUUAGUUGUAGUCGCAAGAGAUAAAGGCGCACAACCUCUGGAGACAACCGCAUUUGUGUCGAUACGUGUUACUGAUGUGAACGAUAACCAGCCAACAAUAGAUGUAAUAUUCCUCAGUGACGAUGCAACACCAAAAAUAUCCGAGUCAGCACAGCUAGACGAAUUUGUGGCUAGAAUAUCAGUACACGACCCAGACUCUAAAACAGAGUAUGCGAAUGUUAACGUAACAUUGAGUGGUGGUGAUGGCCAUUUUGACUUGCGCACUCACGAUAACAUUAUUUAUUUGGUCGUGGUAGCGUUACCAUUGGACAGAGAGUCGCAGUCCUCAUACACGCUGAAUGUUGUGGCGACUGACAAAGGUUCACCGCCUCUGCAUGCCUCACGGAUAAUAAGUCUCCGAGUGACCGAUGUUAAUGAUAACCCACCAGUUUUUCUCGAGAACGAAUACCAGACGAGUGUACCGGAGGCCGCAGCUCCCGGUACGCCAGUGAUUCAAGUAUCAGCUAGCGAUGUGGAUGAAGGAGAUAAUUCCGACAUCAGGUAUUCCUUGCUUCCAACACCGCAGUCUGACUGGUUUUCGAUCGACGAGCGUUCUGGUCUGGUAACAACCCGGUCCCGCGUUGAUUGUGAAACGAAUCCGAUGCCGCGUUUGACGGUGGUUGCCAGUGACCGAGGCAAUCCUCCGCUGUCGUCCACCGCAACGUUGUUAGUGACAGUGUUAGAUGUGAAUGAUAACGAGCCGAUCUUCGACCAGUCCUUCUACAACGUGACCGUCUCCGAGAAUGAGGCUGUCGGCAGCUGUAUUUUAAAGAUGUCAGCAAUAGACCCGGACUGCGGCGUGAACGCGAUAGUGAACUACACCCUGGGCGAUGGACUGGCUCGACCACAGUUCUCCGUGAAGCCAGAUUCAGGGGAUCUUUGCGUUUCUGCCCCCUUGGACCACGAGACAACUAGCGAUUUUGAGUUUCCUGUUAUUGCUACUGACAGAGGGGGCCUGUCCACGACCGCAAUGGUGAAGAUCCAACUUCUCGAUAUAAACGACAACGUCCCAGUCUUCACCGUGAGAGAUUACAACGUCUCUCUGAAGGAGGGGAGGAUAUCUAGCAACGAGCCCAUAGUAGCUGUGUCAGCUGCGGAUGCUGAUUCUGGAAGAUUCGGAACAGUUACGUACAGAAUAGUUAAUGGGAACGACAACGAUGUAUUCCGAAUAGAUAGAAGUACGGGCGAGAUGUUUGUGACUAAGCCCUCGUUGAUACAAGCGAAUGGGAGGUUCGAUCUGGAAGUGUCAGCGACUGACGGCGGGGGUCUAGCUGCAGCGCAAGGGGCUGUGGUGCAUGUGAACGUGAUACCUGCUGGCGUCGGCUCUGCAUUGUUCGAUAAGCCGCGAUACAACUUCCGCGUGCGUGAAGACGUGAAGAGCGGGACUAUUGUGGGCAGUCUCAAAGCUACGGCUGGAGGCAAACAAUUGGUCCGGUACAGCAUCGUCUCCGGGGACGCAGACAAGCGCUUCACCAUCGAACCUCACACUGGAGCCAUCAGGACCUCAGGAAAGCUGAACAGAGAAGCCACUCCUUCGUAUCUGCUCAACAUAAGAGCUGCUACCAGCAAUUCUGCAAACUAUGAUCAGACUCAAGUACAAAUAACGCUCGAGGAUGUGAACGACAAUGCACCAGAGUUCGGAACAUCAUCAGUACGAGUAUCAGUAGCAGAGUCAGCAGCUAUCGGCUCAGUGGUGUACGCGGCUAGAGCAACUGAUGAAGACGAGGGGAGGAAUGGCCAGAUCACAUAUGGUCUAGUGUCUGCCACGGGGCCAGCUAACACCUUUGCUGUCAACCCUCAACAUGGAUUGGUCACUUUGUUGAAGCCACUGGACUAUGAAAAUCUAGUUCGCCAUACACUCGUAAUAUCGGCCAAGGACGGCGGCAACCCUCAGCUGAGUGCCAACCUUACUCUAGCAGUAGAUGUACAAGACGUAAACGACAACGCGCCCGUUUUCGAACAUGACACCUACAGCGCGAAUGUCCUAGAGUCGGACGCUGUAAAAACAAAGAUUUUAGAAAUACAAGCCAUAGACAAGGAUACCGGUAACAAUGCGCGCAUAACCUAUCGCGUAGUAUCAGAGAAUAAUACAAACGAAGAGCAUUUCAAAGUUCAGCCGGCCACAGGCUGGGUAUACCUCGCCAAACAACUUGAUAGAGAGACGAUAGCUAAACACAAAAUGACAAUAAUAGCUACGGACAAUGGCAUCCCGCCGAUGUCAGCGACUGCCAGCCUUAUUGUCAACGUGGUAGAUGCUAAUGAUAAUGAUCCAGUAUUCUCACAGACGGCCUAUGACUUUCACGUUGAGGAGAAUCAAAAGAUUGGCGCGUUCGUUGGAAAAAUUGCUGCGACUGAUGCUGAUUUGGGUGACAAUGCUGUAGUUAAAUACAGUUUGUUCCCUUCUAACACCAGCUUUGUCGUUAACCCGACUACAGGUAUAAUAACAACCAAACAAAUAUUGGACAGAGAAUUUAAGAACUCAUACUCACUUUUCGCUGAAGCACGUGACCAAGGAUCCCUGCCCAGAUCUAGCAGAGUUCUUGUGUCUAUAAAAGUAACCGAUGUAAACGAUAACUCACCAGAGAUUAUCGACCCUAGAGAAGAUGUUGUAAGUGUAAGAGAAGAACAGCAACCAGGAGCAGAAGUAGCAAGAGUAAAAGCUAUCGAUAGAGAUAAUGGUGUAAAUGCAUCUGUGGUAUAUUCUAUUUUAAAUGAGAGGGAUAUGGAUGGAUUUGGUGUAUUUGUUAUAGACUCCGAUACUGGGAUUAUAAAAACAAGUACAGUAUUGGAUCAUGAAGAAAGAUCAAUUUAUCGUUUGACGGUAGCAGCAACAGAUGGUGGACAUCCACCGCGGCAGACUGUUAGGCAAUUAAAAGUUGAAGUAUUAGACUUAAAUGAUAAUAGACCUACAUUUACUAGCUCCAGUUUAUCAUUUAAGGUGAAAGAAGAUGCAAAAGUGGGCCAUAUAGUAGGGACCGUUGCAUGCUGUGAUAGUGACAUUAACGAAAAUUCUAUAAAUGGAGAUGAAGAAAGGCAAAUAUCAUAUCUGUUAAUGCCACUCACAUCAGAUCACUCGCCAGGGACAUUUGAAAUUGAUAGAAGAACUGGCUUUCUGGUUGUUGCAAGACAAUUAGAUAGAGAAAUACAAGAUGAGUAUAGACUGGAAGUUCGAGCAUUAGAUACAUCUGCUACAAAUAAUCCACAGAGUAGUGCAGUCACUGUUCGUAUUGAAAUUAUAGACGUCAAUGACAAUGCACCUCAAUGGCCGGCUGAUCCAAUAAACAUUAAAGUAUCUGAAGUAACUCCUGUUGGGAUGACGAUAUACAAUUUUACUGCAAGCGAUGCAGAUGCAGGACCAAAUGGCGAACUACAUUUUAACAUAAUGUCUUCUCUUCCACUAAAUAAAAAUGCAUUUAGCUUAGAUCCUCUAACAGGGUCUUUGACGCUGACCUCUCCCCUUGAUUAUGAACUACUAAAAGAAUAUUGGUUAGUCAUUGAAGCUUCAGACCUAGCUGCUAAUAUAACGGAGAGGAUGGUUACAUCUGCAACAGUACAUGUAUCUGUGAUUGAUGCAAACGAUAACACACCUACUUUUGUGUCUACCAAUAAAGUUUCUGUUACAUUGAACACUUUAUCUGGUACAUUAUAUCAAGCUCUUGCAGUUGAUACAGAUUCUGGUGAUAACGGCAGAAUUUCAUACUUUAUAGCCGGAGGAAAUGAUCAAGCUUAUUUUUCUAUGGACUACGAUACCGGUAGACUGACUUUGACGAAAAAAUACUCUUCAGAUGUAUCUAAAGUGAAACCAGGGCAAUAUAAACUCAACUUAACAGCCUCAGAUCACGGUACACCCUUUCCAAGACAAAGUCAUAUGACAUUGUUACUAAACUUGCAAGAGUCAACGAAUAUUCCACCCCGAUUUACAGAUUCUUUUUAUAGAGCAAACAUUAGCGAAGACAUACGUCCAAACAGUUUUGUUACUAGACUGUCAGCCAAAUCAUCAAGAGGUAAUACAGGAAACCUUCGCUUUAUGAUACCUUCAGGUGCCGCGGGCGAUAAGUUUGGGAUUGAUGAACGUCUAGGAACUGUUACUGUUAAAACUAAAAUUGAUAGAGAAGAAAAUGAUCAUUACAUUUUUCCUGUUUAUGUUACUGAUUCUAGUACAUUUCAAUCUACUACAAACUUUGAUGUCGCUACUGUCUCGAUAAAUGUAUUAGACGUAAAUGAUAACCCGCCUACUUUUAAACCUGGAUCUUGUUAUACAUUAACAGUACCCGAAAAUAAUAUCGCCGAAGUCAUACAUACGGUAACAGCUACAGACAAAGAUAUCGGAGCUAAUGGUAUGAUAACGUACAGCAUUAUUUCUGGUAAUAAUGGAAAUAAGUUUUCUAUUGACUCCACUACUGGAAAACUCACAGCAAAAACUUUAGAUAGGGAAACACAAGCCAGAUAUGAUUUGACCAUAUCCGCUUAUGAUCAUGGUUCACCAGUAGCAUUACAAGGCUCCUGUAAUCUAACAGUCAUGGUAGAAGAUCAAAAUGACAACGAUCCUGUAUUCGAUACUGGACAUUACUCUGCUGCUAUACCUGAAGAUGCUUCUAUUGAUACAUCAAUUAUUAAAGUGAGAGCUACAGACGCCGAUUUGGGAUUAAAUAAACGAAUAGUUUACUCACUAGCUAAUGAAAGUCAAGGAUUAUUUCGAAUAGACAACAAAUCUGGAAUAAUUUACACUACAGGCUAUUUUGAUCGUGAAAAAACAAGUGUCUAUCAUUUUGACGCAGUUGCUACGGACCAAGGACGAUAUAUAGCUCGUUUUCAAAGAGUGUCUGUAGAAGUCACUAUAAAUGAUGUAAAUGACAAUAAACCUAUAUUUACAAAAUAUCCUUUCAAAGAACAGAUGGCUACACUUACUCCACCGGGUCAGAGUUUACUACGAGUGUCAGCCACUGACAAUGAUAUAGGAAUCAACUCAGAAAUACUGUAUGAGCUUAUGGAUACAUCUAAUCACAAGUUUCGCAUAAAUCCAACCACAGGUGUUCUUACAGCUACACAGAGUUUAGCAAGUGAAAAUGGCAAAUUAUUACACCUUAAAGUUUUAGCUAAAGAUAAAGGAAACCCACCUCAAACCUCAGUAGGCCUUAUCGAAAUAAGAGUUGGAGAUUUUCCAGAUAACACACCAACUCUUUCUUUCCAAAAUUCAACAUACAAUAUUACAAUAGAAGAAAAUUUACAAUAUGGCAAAGACGUAUUACAAGUUACGGCUUUAAGAAGUGAUGGACGUCGGCAAAGGAUAUUUUAUGAAUUCGGCAAUGGUAAUGACCAGUAUGCCUUUGAAAUAGACUCUAAUACCGGGGUCAUAAGAGCCAACAAUUCGGAUAAUUUGGAUUAUGAGUCUUAUCCAGGUCCAAGAAGGCAACUUGUUAUAGUAGCUCGAACAGAAGGGACGCCUACAUUAUAUGGAUACUGCGACGUAAUAAUAAAUCUUUUGGAUCAGAACGAUCACGCUCCUAGAUUUACGCAACAACAAUACAUAGCAAAUGUUCUCGAAGGAAAUACAAAAGGCGAGUUUGUCGUGCAGUUAGCUGCAAAAGAUGGAGAUCGAGGGGCGAACGCAAGAAUCUUAUAUCAUAUCGUCGAUGGAAAUCAUGAUAACGCAUUCAUUAUUGAACCUGCAUUUUCUGGAUCCGUCAAGACGAAUAUUGUAUUGGAUCGGGAGAUAAGAGAGACAUACAAACUGACUGUCAUAGCUACUGAUGAAGGCAAUCCCCAAAUGACUGGCACGGCUACGCUGCGAAUCAACGUGGUGGAUGUCAAUGACAAUCAGCCGACGUUUCCACCGCCGAAUGUCAUUUCUGUAUCGGAAGGAGCGGAAGUCGGGUCGAUACUUACAUCUGUUACUGCAAAUGAUGUCGACACAUACCCGGCGUUAAAGUAUGCAAUUAUUCAAGGAGAUAAUACUUUUUCAAUAGACCGAUACAGUGGAAAAAUAGUAUUGAACAGAGCGUUGGAUUUUGAAAGUAAAAAAGAGUAUCAAGUAAACAUCAGCGCUUCUGAUACUGAACAUGUUGCGAAAACUACUCUUACAAUAAAAGUAACAGACGUUAAUGACAACGCUCCAGUGUUUGAUGAAAUAUCUUACAACAGAGUGUUACCUGAAGGCACCGGUGUCAUGGAAAUCGGUUCAGUUAACGCAAAGGAUGUAGACAGUGAUGAAAAUGGAAAAGUGACAUACCACAUUCUUCAACCAAACCCAGGUUAUUCUAUUCACCCAAAUACUGGUAUUCUGUAUGUCAACUAUAGUGCAUUACCUGCUCACCAGAGGGAUGUACAAUUGGCUGUAGUUGCCACAGAUCUUGGGAAACCAAACAGAAGUUCUGUCGCUUCAGUGAGAAUUAGCACCGGUGCUUCCUCAGAAAUUAAACCUUUCAUUGGACAAGACACGUACAGAAUAACUGUGAAUGAAGAAACAGAAAAAGGGACAUCACUUCUUCAAAUAGGUGGAAUCAACGAUGUUCUCAAAAAAUAUAAUCUGGACUUCCAUAUAAUAUCCGGCAAUGAGGGUGAUGUUUUUGACGUCACUACAGAAGGAGCGUUGCUUCUUGUAAAUAGAUUAGAUAGAGAAGCACAGGACUCUUAUGUUCUUGGAAUGGCUGCGGUAGAACAAGGAAAAAUUCUCUCCUAUAACCAAAACAAAACUUCUGUCAUGAUUUUUGUUACCGUAACAGAUGCGAAUGAUAAUGCUCCAACAUUCUCUCUCACUGAUUAUGAACUAACAAUAAGCGAAAAUGUAAAAGUAGGUCAUACUUUGAUGGAACUAACUGUUAAUGAUGCUGAUUUGUAUGGUACCCCUAACUCUGCCAUUUUGUUUAAUAUAACAUCAGGCGAUGAUGAAAACUCUUUUUAUGUACAUCCUACGACAGGCAUCUUAACUGUUAAUAAGUCAAUAGAUUACGAUACUGGCAGAACAAAACAUAAGCUAAUUAUAGUUGCUUGCGAUCAGGGCACACCAUGUUUAUGUAACGCUGCUUACGUAAAUGUGGAAAUUCUCGAUGAAAAUGAUAACACGCCUACGUUCCCUGUAAGUGAGUAUUUCGAAACAAUAGGGGAGAAUGAGCGAGUCGGAACAUCGGUAUUCACAGCAAGAGCAACAGACCUAGAUAGAGGUAAAUAUGGAAAACUAAAUUACUCCAUAGUACCACUGUCCAACAAUUACAAUAGAAACGACGACUCUUGGAAAAUGUUUCAAAUUGACCCUAUAUCUGGGCUCGUUAAUACUAACGCGGUUUUUGACUACGAACAAAAGAAUAAAUAUGAAUUUUCAGUCAAAGCAUCUGAUUUAGGUGGAAAAAGUUCAACAGUGAAAGUAAGAAUCGAUAUUGAAAGUCGCGAUGAGUUCUAUCCCCAGUUUACACAAAAGACGUAUAAUUUUGGUGUCCCUAAAUCUGGCUCCUUACCAGCGGGCUAUGUUAUAGGGCAAGCAACGGCAACGGAUCGAGAUAAAGGUAUUGACGGUCGUAUAGUAUAUCAGCUGUCGACUUCACAUUCUUACUUCAAGAUAAAUAGAACAACUGGCAUCAUAAUUUUAAAGAAAAAAGUUGACUCUGUUAAGAAUUUAUUUGGAGCAGAUAAAUCCAUCAGUUUAGUUGUAACUGCUAGCUCUGGAAGACAAGGUUCAUUAACGAAUAAAACCGCCGUAGAAAUUCUGCUCGAUCCGUUGGCAACAGUGUCGGAAAUUACAAAUCAUAUGAACGAUACAUCCGUGGCACAAAGCAGUGGGCUUUCCGACUGGGCAUUAGGUUUAUUAAUAGCAUUUAUAUUUAUUAUAAUAAUAUUUGCUGCAGCGUUUUUAUUUUUACAUAUGAAAAAUAAAAGACAUAAAAAAGGAAACAAGCCAGGCUUAAAUUCUGAAGGCGUAGGAGCGACUAAUAGCUAUGUUGAUCCCAGUGGAUUUGACACAAUACCUAUACGAAAUACCGGCCCAGUGACUUCUGCUAAUCAAUUUGCUCCUCCUAAGUACGACGAAAUACCACCUUACGGUGCUCAUACGGCUAGCUCAAAUUCUGGUGCGGCUACGACUUCUGAACUUUCAGGGUCUGAUCAGUCAGGCUCUAGUGGCCGUGGAUCUGCAGAGGAUGGUGAAGAUGGAGAAGACGAAGAAAUAAGAAUGAUAAAUGAAGGGCCUUUACAAAGAGAAACUGGUAUUCAUAGACAAACAAAUGGGGUAGACGAUGACAAUCUUUCAGAUGUUUCAGUUCAUAAUACACAAGAAUACUUAGCUAGGUUGGGAAUCGUAGACACUGGCACUGGCGGAGGUGCAUCGACAUCUUCUCGAAGAUGUUCUGAAAAUGUUGUAAAUAAAGAUACAAUGUUACAUCAUGGGCCAAUAGAUUCAAUGCAUAUAUUUGACGAAGAAGGUGCUCAUGAAAAUGAUAUAACUAAUCUAAUAUACGCCAAAUUGAAUGAAGUGACUGGAAGUGAAAGAGCAAGUAGUGCUGAUGAGGCAAGUGCUGCAGUUGACAGAGCAAUGGCUCUUGGAGCUUUUCCAAGCACUUCGGCUGAUAAUAACGCUGUUCCAACUGCUGGGCCAUCUAUGACCGGAAGCCUAAGUUCUAUUGUUCAUUCUGAAGAAGAAUUGACUGGUAGUUAUAAUUGGGAUUACUUACUCGACUGGGGCCCUCAGUAUCAACCCUUAGCUCACGUGUUUUCAGAAAUUGCGCGCUUGAAGGAUGACGCUGUAUCAUUACAAAGUGGAAAUAGUGGUGCGUCGAGCGCAAAGAGCAAAGGUACGUCAAUAUCUGGUGGUAAAAGUGUACCACCACCGUUACUUACAACAGUUGCGCCAAGAAGUUGUCCAGCGCCAUCAUUGUCUUGUAGACAACCACAACACUUGUUACCGAGGUCGCCAAUAAGCCAUGACGUACCUGGCGGGUUUUCUGCCGCUGCUGCAAUGUCACCAUCGUUUUCACCUUCCUUAUCACCAUUAGCUACUAGAUCUCCUUCAAUGUCACCUUUAGUAGGGCCGGGUCUUCCACCUGCCCCAGCCAAUAGAAAACCACCUCAUUCUACAAUGAGAAUGUAAUGAUUAGACUUUAUUUGUAUUAAUUAUAUUUGUACAUAAAUAGUACGUGACUGUUUGCCUUAUAAGUAUUGACUUAAUAGUAUUUAUUGAUUACCCGAUGUAAUCGGAUUAGUUUUAAAAUAAUUUAGCAUCAUUUUGUGCAUGUUAUCUGUAUUUUACUUCCCUGAAUAUGCUCAAAGUGAUUUUAAGCGCUUAUUACCGAUUUUACGGUAAAUGUAAAUAUUGUCUUCAUUCGGGUCGUAACUUUAAUAUUAUUGUAUAUAUUAAUUAUUAGUUUGUAUAUUAAUAGUGCCUUGUAAAGAAUGAAAUGAAGACUGCCAUGUUAUUAUUACUUACAACACAAACAAAUCAGCUUUACUGUAAGCUAUAAGGUUAUUUUAGAUACUGCAAUUUUAUUAUUAGCUUUACUUAAUAUCAACUUAUGUCUUAUGUAUAAUACCAUUUUUGCAAUGAACUUUAAAAUGCAUAUAUUUUCAUCUGUGGAUUACAUUUCUUUCUCUGAUGUUAUUAAAAAUAUUAUACAUAUUUAGAAAUAUUUUAUACUGUGAUUUUCGUCUAAGUAUCGAAAACGCCUAUUUUUGUUUCGUUUGAAAUAAUUUGGCGCUAAUAAAAUUUUCUUUAUUGAUUUUGUAAAUAAUUUGUAUAUUAUAAGUCAAAUUAUUUCUGACGAAGUGAUAUCGUUGUUUGUAAAUAUAUUUUUUAAGACACAAAACGGACUGUCCGAGAUGAUGUUUAGUGAAAAAUAAACAAAAUUGUAAAAUUGA